AAAAGCCGUCGCCGGUGUCGAGUCAGUCUCGCGCGGAGUUCGCGGCGCGCCGCAUCGCUGCGGAUAACCUCGCAUCGUCGUCCCCACGAACACGAGGAGUGUGCUGAUGUGCGAUGGCGAUGAUAUACCUCUUAGGCGUGUGAAGCAAUGUUGCUAGUGAGACAGCCCGAAAGUGUGCUACCGAUAAGAUGAGCGGAACACGUGGCCGUAAGCACGAGGUGGCUGGAACGUCGAAGAUCGUGGGUGUUGGGAUGAUUCCGAGUGCCUGAAUAGACGGAGGCGCUGCAGCGAACGAAAAAAAAGAGAAGCAGUCCGAACGAUGACGCGGAGUAAGAGAGGUGCCUCCUGACCGCGGAGGAACCGAAGAACUUGUUAUAACCGGGGAAAAAAGCCGGGACAACGGAGGGCAGAGGUCCGGCCGUUCAGGCCUGCAUUAUGUCGAUGAAGAGACUGGCCGUGUUGUCAGCAGUGCACACGGCCCAGCUGCUGCAGAACAACAGCACCGGAGCACCGGCAGCCGCGAGAGAGCCUGGACAGCAGGGCUACAGCAUGUCCAGCGGCGUCGGGGGCGGCAGGUCCGGCCGGUACGAGACCGACCUGCACGGCAACGUCAAUAUCCUGCUCGGAGGGGCGAUGUUGGGCGGCGUGAUAGCAGUGGUCUUCUUCGUGUGCUACUGCUGCCACAGGAACAUGAGGAAGAAUCGACCGCACGAGUACACGCAGUACUGGCGACCCGAGCCGGACGUCCACAGCCUGGAAGUCUUUACCAUGGACUCGCACGCUAUGUGCUACGACCGAAACGUCAUAUCCCUGCACGGUCAGCAGAUCCAGUCUCUACCAGAGGAGGUGACGGCCUCGACGAUGGCGCAGCCGCGUCCAGCGACACCGGGUCCACCGCCGGCCUACGAGAGCCUGAUUUUCAAACCCUGUCUGGCUUCCCCAUCGGACAAGAAGCCCGGAGGUGGUCUGUCGCCGGUCGGUUGCAUCCUUCCAGUGCCCCUCGACCUCGAGAGCGGAGUUCACAGGGGCCUCAAGGAGGAGGAGUGCCGAAGGGACGACGAGGGACUGCCUUCGUACGAGGCAGCCCUCAAACUCGAGGCUCACGGAUACGUGUAGGAAUCGAACUCGUAGUGUGUUCAGUGCUUGUGCGAUCGAAGAGACUGACUUGGUGAACGCUGUGUGUGGCCUACGGCUGGAUGGGACUUGUUUUGUAUAUAAUCCAAAGUUAUAAUACGUAAAUCGGGGUGCUUUCGAUUAAAAGUAGUGCAGCAGCUUCUGAAUGAAAUAACCAAAGAGAAAAUAGCCGAUACGUUACAGCAGAUGAUUUUAUAAAUGUUAAGCAGUGCAAUAAAUUAGAGAUAACCGCUAUUUUACCUGUAGAUGUAUAGUUGUCAGAAAAGUGACUUUGUGACUGAAUGGGAGUUUUCGAGUGACUCGAGAUUUAUUUCAAAUCAGUAAUAAAUAUUCUCAUAAUUAGCGUAA